GUUGAUUUUAGACAUAAUCAUUUCUUUCUAUUUGGAAUGUGAUUAAUCAAUCCUUCAGGUUCUUUUUCAAAUGAAACACCUCGAUUAACAAUAAUAUCAGUUACUCUAAAUUCAGUGGAAAAUAGAACCUUCUACAGGAAAUACGAUAUUACAUAAAGCACAGCCAGUGAAUAAUUCUUUUAUAAUCAUUUGAAUUAAAAUUAUCAAAUAUAAUAGCCUAAUAUCUUGAAUCUAAGCAAGUUAAAUAACACUUAUCACAUUUUAAGGAAGAACCAUCAUGAAUUUUAGGGAUCAUCAAGUUUUCUCUUUUCAUGUCAACAAUAUCUUUGAUGUAAUGUAAUACAGUUCCUACAAGAUUUUAGAGUUAUUUAUUUGA